AUGGGCCUUGCAGCAAAGAAUAACAAUAAUAAAUUGACGUGCUUUCAUGGACGAUGGCCGACUGCGGAGCAACGGGAUUUCGAGCAGCACAUGCGCAUUAUUCCAGAUUUUAUUAGCGAAGCAGAGGAACAGCAGCUUCAUGAGGAAGUGGAGCCCUACAUGAGCCGAUUGCGCUACGAAUUCGACCAUUGGGAUGACGCAAUUCAUGGAUUUAGGGAAACGGAACGCAAGAAGUGGUAUCCCAGCAAUCGGGAAGUCCUGGAACGCGUCCGUCAGGCGGCUUUUGAGGGCGCCAUUAUGUCCUAUGUGCACGUUCUGGAUCUGGCUGCUGACGGCGUUAUCAAGCCCCAUGUGGACAGCACUCGCUAUUGCGGUAACACCAUCUCGGGCAUCAGUUUGCUCAGUGAUAGCGUCAUGCGCCUGGUGCGUACAAGUGCCGAAAAGUAUAAGCAGCGUAACGCUGGAGAUGGUCCCUCAAAAGACACCAGUGACAACACCACCGAUGACGCGUAUCGCCAUCAACCUGAGGCAAAGCUGGAAAACAAUUUCUAUGCGGACAUUCUUUUGCCUCGCCGCUCCCUUUACAUAAUGAGCCACUCAGCACGCUACAAUUUCACUCAUGAAAUCCUGGCCAAGGAGCAGUCGCAAUUCUUGGGCAAUCCCAUCAAUAAGACACGUCGCAUAUCCAUCAUUUGCCGCAAUGAUCCUUAAUGCUGACUGAGCGAACUUUGUAAUUUAUAUUGUUGAUCAUUUGCUUUCAAGUUGUUAAAAUGACUAAUGUUGAUUAUAAAACUGUGAUGUCCUUUACAAUAUAUGCUAAUAUUUUG